AUCAAGGACAGCUUCAAGAUCAAGAUCAAGAACAAGGGCAAGAACAAGAACAAGAACAAAUUGAAAAUUUACCAGAAAGACAACCUCAACCUAUAUCAUUAUUAAAUAGACCAUAUAAAUUACAAUCAUUUACAACUAAACAUUCAGAUGAAUCAAUAGAACUCGAAAGAGAGAACAUUAUUAAUAUAAUGAAUCAAAGGUUAACAGAAAAAGGUAUUUCCAUUGAAAAGGGUAUAUCUAAAAAGAAUUUAUCUCAAUUUUUAAAUCAAUUGGAAAUUGAAAGACAAUACGAUAGUAAUUAUUUAGAUCAAAAAGAGAUGAGGGAUUAUUUAGAAUCUUAUGUUGAUGAUUUAUUAGCAAGUCAGCUUUUUAGUAUUGUUGAAAAUUUUAAUAAUCAACAAAAUAAUAAUAAUAAUAAUAAUAACAACAACAGUAAUAAUAAUAAUAAUAAUAAUAAUAAUAAUAGUAAUAAUAAUAAUAAUAAUAAUAAUAAUAAUAAUAAUAAUAAUAAUAAUAAUAAUAAUAAUAAUAAUAAUAAUAAUAAUAAUAAUAAUAAUAAUAAUAAUAAUAAUAAUAAUAAUAAUAAUAAUAAUAAUAAUAAUAAUAAUAAUAAUAAUAAAAAUAAUAGAACCAAUAAUAAAAAUCAAGUAAAAAUUCCUAAAGAAGAGUCACCAUUAAAUUUAUCUUCAGGAAAUACAUCUCCAAUUGAUACACAAUUUAAUCAGCAACAACAACAACAACAACAACAAAAAUUAAAAAAUAGAAAUAAAUUAAUUGCUCAUAAAGAUAAAACUGCAAGUUUUGAUGUUUCAAGCGAUGAAAACAUAGAUGAUCAAGACAUUUUAAAUAAUAGUUUUAAUUUUAAUAAUUUUAAUAAUAAUGAUAAUAAUAAUAUUAAUAAUAAUAAUAAUAAUAAUAAUAUUAAUAAUAAUAUUAAUAAUAAUAAUAAUAAUAAUAAUAAUAAUAAUAAUAAUAAUAAUAAUAAUAAUAAUAAUAAUAAUAAUAAUAAUAAUAAUAAUAAUAAAAAUAAUAAUUUUAAUGUACAAUCACAAAACUCAUCACCAAAUUCACCAACAACACCAAAGAUUUAUUUUGAAUUAUCAAAAUUUAAUUUAAAUAAUGGAAAUAGUAAUAAUAAUAGUUUUAGUAAUCUAAAUUUAAAUAGUAGUAAUAGGUAUUUAAUUUCACAACAAAAUGGAUUAGACAUUAAUAAUAAUAAUAAUAAUAUUAAUAAUAAUAUAAACGAAAAUGAUCAAAAUAGUGAUGAAAAUAUUAUUGACGACGAUGAAAAUAAUUAUGAUGAAGAUUAUUUAAAUCAAGAAGAAGAAUUUAUUGAUGAAGAAAAUGAAAACGAAGAAAAAUAA